CUGGAGCCGCCUUCCUUCACACCGCGUAUCGGUACACCAGCGUCAGUAGCAGCAGCUCUCCUAGCCGUAGCACUCCGCUUCUUGCAGCCCCCACCCGCUCGAACUCGCCGCCGCCAUGAUCAUGUCGUACGGCGUCUCCAUCGCCGUGAUCAACUCGGUGGUCAACGCGCUGUGCGACCCGCUGCGCAAGUACCUGACCAAGUUCAUGGACCCGUUCAUGGUCGUCGCGAUGCGCGGACUCAUCCAAGCGCCGCUUUUCGUGCUGUGGGCGCUCGUGGACACUGGCGGCCGACUGCCGCCGCUCAACCACCUCUUCUGGACGUCCGUGUGCAUCAGCGGCUGCAUCAACAUCAUCACGAGCUACCUGUACAACCGGGCCAUCCAGAUCUCGACGCUGUCGGCGACGGUGCCGUUCCUGUCGUUCACGCCGGCUUUCCUGGUGAUCGUGGCGUUCCUCGUGCUGGGCGAAGUGCCGACGGUCUCGGGCGUGCUGGGCAUCUCCAUCGCCGUCAUGGGCGGUUUCUGGCUGCAAGGCGCCCAGGCCCAACACGCCAGCAAGGAUCUGCUCAUGGACUCGUCCAACGCUAGCAAAGGGUCCAUGUACACGAUUCUGGUGGCCUUCUUGUGGAGCAUCUCCAACGUGUUCGACAAGAUCGGCGUGCAGAACUCGACGCCGCUGGUGUACGGUGCGACCAUUCAAGUGAUCGUGGCCAGCGGCAGCUUCAUCUUGCAGAAGAUGCGAGUGGGAGGCGAGGAGCUCUACCUGCCGAUCGGACAGGAGGUAAAAGUCCCGUGGAAGUUCGUCAUCCUUGCGGGCGUCACGAGCGUCGUGGCGUACUACAUUAACCUCGUGGCGACGCAGCACCUGGAGGUCUCGUACGUGAUCGCCAUCAAGCGGUCAGGCUGCAUAUGGAGUGUGCUCAUGGGGCGGUUCCUGUUCCGGGAGCGGAAUCUGCGAAAGAAAAUCCCCAGCAUCCUACUCAUGGUCCUCGGUGUCGUCUGUAUUGUCAUGGGUAAAGAGUAA